AUGGAGGCCAAGAGCGUCGCCGAGGCCGUGCGCAAAGGCCAGGGCAUGCUCUCGUUCCACUACAUUGAGAAGGUCGAGAAAGAGACCAAGUUCGAGUACAACAAGAAGCGCUUCUACCGCUUCACGGCCACGACGCCCGAGUUCGUCCAGGCCGUUGAACGCCCGUUGCCCAGUGCUACGCUCGACUUGCCAUUGAGUGCCGCAGCUCGACGGCGAGCCCUUGCUGCGCUCAUUGGCGGCUUUGUGGCCGACGCAGCGUCCACGUCGCUCAAUGGCGUCUCCCAUCCGGAAAAGACCAUCCCGAACCUCCUGCGGCUGGACUUUGACCCGGCCUUCUGUGGUCUCUACGACUCGGGCGACGGCCACGACAAGAAAGGAGGACGCGCGCGUCUCGAGUCGUCCACAGGCUUUGAAGCGCGGAUCCUGCUCCAGUGCAUUGCCCGACGAGGGCACAUCCACGGCUCGCAGCUGGCCAAAGACGCCUAUUGGGGCUUCAAGAACGACCAUCGGCUGCUGAGUGCGUCGUCUCGAGCGUUCAUCAAGCGCGUGCAUUCGGGCAAAGGGUGGCCGCACUGUGCCGUCAAGUGCCGCUCGAUCGACGUGCUGUCGCUCAUCCCGAUUGUCGUCGCGCUUUACGCAGGUACCAACCAGUUGUUCACCAAAGUGGACGAGCUGGUCAAGGUCUUUUACGUCGGUACUCGGGUCCGAGAUGCCGCUCUUGUUGCUGCAUUUGUGCUGGAGCAAGUGAUUCUUGGCGCAUCGGUCCUUCAGGCCAUGCGCAUGAGUAUCCGCACGGAACGCUUGAGUGUCAAGCAGCGCAAAGUGAUCUUCAAGGCCUUUACCAAGUCGCAGCUCCCGAGUUACGAAGCGAUUCAGAAGUUUGGCAACCGCGGGUCCCUGCCCGGUGGUUUCCACGCCGUGUUGCAGCCGCUCUUUGUCUUGAACGACUACCCCACUGCUGUCCGCGAGAACAUCAUCGGAGGAGGCCGGACAUGCCGCCGUGCCAUGUUCAUUGGGGCGUGCUUUGCCGCUCAGGACGGGUUGGACGUCAUCCCGGAAGGCUGGAUCCAGAAGACGCAGUACUUUGACUUUAUCGAGGCAGAUGCCAGUGCACUGGUCGGACGUCGGGAGGUUCAGCAGGGCUCUUUCAACGAGGAAGACGAGGGCAACCGUCAUGCGGCCUACGUCGAUUACGUCCCGAGGUCGUCCGUCUCUUCAUCCCAUCGCGUCGAGCGGCUCGAGUCCUCACGUCGUAGCAGCACCAACUUUGCCGCCUCGUCUUCUGACGUGAAUGGGACGGGAGACGCCGACAUUGCGUCGGACAUGCCACCGGAUGGCGUCCCGGCCUCGUCCUGUCGAUCUUCCGGCUUCCUUCGUCGUCGCUCGAACAGCUACGCGUCCUCUGGUGGCUUAUCCUCGACCCCGUUCAAUCGCGUCCAACUUCUCGUACACAUCGCAGACCACCACGGCCUCGAGCGUCCGGUCCGUCAUUGA